UUCGGCAGGCCCCGCCAUGGAGGAAAUCCGGAGUCGCACCGUGAAAGGCCUGGAUGAGCUGAGGGGCUUUUUCAACCUGACUCCGAAGGAAGGCGAUAGCGCGAAGGCGGUAGCCGCAGCAGAAGCGGCCAACGCGGAGACUUGUGAGUGUCGGAGAAAGGGAGGCGGAGGGCGGGUCUCUCCAAGCCUUGGUUUGGCCGAGACCGCCGGUUUGUGGGUCUCUUCCGGCACGCAGCUCUCUUCUUCGAAGCUUGGAGCCCAGCCCCGUCGCCCCUUGUGGAUCGCGAGGCGUUCAGCUCCUUUGGUUGGAUGUUUUUGUCUGGCCUCUUUUCUGCAAAGGUUCCCCUGAUACCGAAGAGUUAAAAAGCAGGCAAAAGAGGCCGCCCCGGAGGAAAUCCUCUAGACAGAGAGACGGAUCGAACAGGGCAGCGGUUUGUUUCCUGUAUGAAAUUUCCAACUGAAACCCCUCUGACAUUUGAAGUCCUAUCCAGACCAGAUUUGAAUUGAAAUUCUCAGGGCUUUCUGAAAACUUUGAAUAAUCUUCCUUUGAACUACUAAGUGUUCAAAUAAUCCUUUGAAAAAGCUUGGAGAUCUUGCUUCAGGGGUCCCAUGGAAGGUACUCUUAUGGAGAUGGGCCUUUCAGUAGAUGGAUUGUUCUCACAGAUCUUACUAAAUGCACAAAUUCGUUUCAGAUGCUUCCAGAUGAGAAAGAAUUUCAGCAUGCUGCUAAAACUAAUAAUCUGGACACUAUGGAAAGGUUAUUUAGGAAAAAAGUUAAUAUUAAUGCUGUAAAUAUUUUGAAGCGCACAGCCCUCCAUUUUGCUGUUGCAGGAAAUCAUAUAUCUGCAGUUGACUUUCUUCUCCAUCACAAAGCUAGAGUUGAUAUUGCAGAUAAGCAUGGUCUUACUGCAAUUCAUCUUGCUGCAUGGUCUGGUAAUUUGGAAAUAAUGCUGAUAUUGAUUAAAGCAGGAGCUGAUCAAAAAGCAAAGAAUCAGGAAGGCAUGAAUGUCCUACAUUUUGCUGCUAAGAACAAUAGUGUUAGAAUAGUGAAUUAUUUUAUCAGAGAUCUUCACCUGAUGGAACUCAAUAAACCUGAUGAGAAAGAGAGAAAGCCAUUCCACCUGGCAGCUGAAAUGGGCCAUGAAGAAAUGAUAAAUGAGUUGAUUACCCUUAAUUUAUUCACCUCAGAAAAGGAUAAGGAAGGAAACACUGCCUUGCAUCUAGCAGCUAAAAAUGGCCACAGUGAUGUAGUAGAGAUUCUUCUUCAGCAGUGGGAAGAUAUAAACGAACUCAAUCAGAAUGGCGAAACACCAUUUUAUAUGGCUGUUGAAGGAGGCCAUGAAAAAUGUGCCGACCUCUUACUGGAAGCCGGAAGUGAUAUCAAUACUUUGAACAAACACAAUGCCAGUGUAUUGCAUAUUGCAACCCAAAAUGGACACACACCUUUGGUCAGAUUUCUUAUCAGUCAUAACAUUGAUCUGGAUGCUCAGUCUCAGAAAAAUAAUUCUCCUCUACAUUUGGCUAUCACAAAAAACAACUUAUCAGUGAUAAAUAGUUUAAUAAAGGCAAACCAUAACAUAAAUUGCCUAAAUAAGAGACAUCAAACACCUUUACAUCUGGCAGCAGACCUUGGAAAUGUGGAAAUAAUAGAAACGCUGCUAAAGGCAGGCUGUAACUUCAGCAUGGUAGAUAAGCAAGGAAAAACCGCACUUGCUGUAGCAUCCAGAAGCAAUCAUGCCUUAGUGGUAGACAUGAUUAUAAAAGCAGAGAGAUAUUACCUUUGGAAACAGGAGCAUCUCUGUAAUGAUAUGUCAAAUAUUAAUCUAUCUUUUAAACAAGAUCACAACCUGCAGACAAAACAGAUCCGUGCGUCUCUUUGGAAUCUAGCAUAUAAUGGGUUAAAAAUGCGAGACUGGGUAAAACUGGCACAGUUUUGGAAGUUUACAGGUGAACAAAUCAAAGCAAUAGAAGAACAGUGGACAGGGGGAAAGAGCUACAAGGAACAUGGACACAGAAUGUUUCUUAUCUGGUUACACGGUGUUCUGAUGGCUGGCCAGAAUCCUAUUAAACAUUUAUAUGAGGAUCUGAUAAGCCUGGGAUUUCAAAAACUGGCUGAAAAGUUCAGAGCAGAAAAUAAUGCUGGCUCAGAAUCCAAGAAAUGUUUGGUUUCAUGAAAUUCAAGGGAAUCUGAAGCAAUGAAAUAGGAUAAUAAAUGAGUAUUAAAGUAUUAUUUAUAAGCAAAUUCUUCAAUGUUUCUCUAUAAAAAAAGCUUAUCUUCUUAUCAUUUCUCCAAUAUCUCCCACCCCAUCAACUUCCCAUCCCCAUGCUAACUAGGACUUCUCCACCGCCAUGGGCUCUUUCCAAUCCCACUUCACCAUUCAGAAAUCUCCAGCUUUCUGAUUCAUUUUUUAAAAUCUUGAGUGGCUGUACCCCAAUCAGCAUGAGUGACCUAUAUUUGGAGGUGGAAAAAGAAUAUGGGGUUAUGUGACUUCUUGGGUUCCAAAAGCAGUGGGGAAAUGAACGUGGCAGUGGCUGAAGAUCUGCUUGAAAAUAAUUUCAGUCAAUUCUAGAUUAUUAUUUUUUCUCCUGUGUAUGACUGAUAACUUCUGUGGGAAUCCACUUGCACCUGACGGCAUAUUAGCAACUUUGCCAUGCAAUCUGUACGUAAUACUGUUUCAGUUAAUUUUUUCCAGAAUGAAACAUUUCUUGAGAUGUCACAUUGCUUCUUCAAAAAUCUUUGAUAUUUUAAAUAAAGUAUUUUCUAAGAAGACUCGUGUGAAAACAGUAGCACAUUAUGAAUAAAACAAAUGGAAGUAGGAUUUAAAGGAUGAGACAAACUCUAUCUUCAAACAUCAUCUCAUAAUCAAAUUGACUUUGUGUUUGAGACCCUUUGAGAAGACAUCUGUACAGGGAAAUAUGGCAGACAGACAUACCAAGCAAAAAAGUGCAUCCUUGAAUGUAAGGUAAUAAUUAUAAGAUAUUUAAAUUGCAAUCCUAGGCACAUUGUUUUGAUAAUAAAGUUAUAUGCAUGAACAGAAAAUUAGAAAACAAAAAGCCGAAGAAUUCUGGUUGGAUGAUGAUGAAAUCCUGAAGUUUAAUGGCAGCAUGACUUGGUGGAUGGGUGUGGUAGAAGAUGAAACUGAUAUGCAAGGAUAAAAAAAUGGGAAAACAUAGAUUUUUCACUAUGUUAUGCCUCAAACUUAUUUUGCUUAUUAUUUAUUUCUUUUGAGCCUUGGCUUACCCCAAAUGGGAAUAUCACAUGUGUGAGGGAGAGUGUGUGUGUAUGUAUGAAUGAAACGGGUAAUGGUAAAAUACUUCAUGCUAUUGUCAUGGAUGUGUCCAUGUGGUAAUCAGGAGCCAAGCUCAACCUGAGGCAGACCUUAUAGUCUUAAAAUAUACUGUACCUUAUAUUAGGAAUCUGAGGCAAAUAAAAUAGUGUUUAGCUUUCCUAGUGUAAAUUUAAAGCACAUUUGCCCCUUUAUCAACAACUAUUGCAUGUAGCCAAAAAAACUUCUCAGUAAAUAUGGUUUGGUCCUGAACAUACACAAUUAUGAUACAGCUGAAGUCAUUCAGAUUUGAAGGAGAAAAAGUGAUUUGAGUGCACAGGACUGUUCAUGUAAUAACUUUAGCUAUAUUACUUGUCUGAUCACUUUCAAUACCUCUGUUUUAUUACUUAAGCUCCUGCAUCCGUUUUAUAUGAGGAGAUUACCUCCUCAUGCUGCAGUUAGCCAUUUAGUAGUAGGUGCACAAGUGAGGAAUACCUAAGAAUUACCUUAGGGAGAAGCAAGUUGAUGUAGCAGGUUGUUUUCCCCUAUUGGCGCACCUAUUUGAUCACUAAAGUGGGCAAUGUGACUGGAAGAAUCCUGGCAACUACUCUCAGAUUGAGAGAUCUUAG